GCUGCUCGUCUCACUUCUACUGCUGGGCUUCGGAUAGGGACUGGUCAAGGUACUGCGAUGGUGCUAAAUAGCGCAGUGGGCCAAGUUGGUCCAGGAUCAAGUGAUGGACUUAAAAGACCAAUGACCAGCAUGAGGGGAACAGGUUAUACAUCCCAGUCAAAUGUGUUUGAUCCCCUCAAUCAAGCAAGCAAAGGACCUGCUCCUGCUCUUAUUUCCAAAACUGAUGAGAGCCCAGAAGAAAAAAUAAAGUCACUUGAACGUCGAGUAAUGGGGCUUAUUGAAGAGUCCUGCAUGGCUGCUUCUAGGGGAGAAAUUCGCCUGGCCCUUGACAGAGCCAAAGAGGCUUCUAGUAAAGAAAGAUCUCUCAUAAGGCAGCGGGAACAGGCAGGAUUGUCUGAUGGACACAACUUGGAUCUCACCUUCUCUGUCCUUUUCAAUCUGGCUAACCAAUAUGCUGCCAAUGACAUGUACACAGAAGCCCUAAAUACAUAUCAGGUUAUUACAAAAGACCGUAUGUUUAACAAUUCUGGCCGGCUUCGAGUCAACAUGGGCAACAUCCACUACAAGAUGGGACAGUAUAACAAGGCCAUAAAAUUCUAUCGCAUGGCUUUAGAUCAGGUUCCUAAUACACAUAAAAGUAUGAGAAUAAAAAUAAUGCACAAUAUUGGCCUGGUGUUUGUCAAGAUGGCACAGUACUCUGAGGCAUGUACCAGCUUUGAAUACAUUAUGCAGGAGGAGGCAAAUUUCAAGACUGGUCUGGAUUUAGUUACUGCAUAUUAUGCUCUUGGAGACAAGGAAAAAAUGAAGAAAGGCUUCCUUCGCUUGCUAGAAUGCCAAUUAGAUAUUGAUGAUGAUGAAAAGUACACAGCUUCAUCAGAAGAUACUCAAUCCAACCUGAUUCUUGAGGUCAUUCGCAAUGAUCCUCUUCGGAAGAUGGAAAGGCAGAUGAAGCAAGAGGCUGAACGUUCAAUACUUACAGCUGCAAAGCUUAUUUCACCAGUUAUUGAGAAUACUUUCAGUGAGGGUUACAACUGGUGUGUAGAUGCAAUCAAGAAUUCUCAGUAUGCAGACCUUGCAAAUGAUCUGGAAAUCAACAAAGCUGUCAUGUUUUUGAGGCAAAAGAACUUUAAAGAUGCUGUAGAGACCCUCAAAAUGUUUGAGAAGAAAGAAACAAAAGUUGCCAGCACAGCUGCUACAAAUCUUUCCUUCUUGUAUUUCUUGCAAAAUGAAAUUGACUUGGCUGAAAAAUAUGCCCUCAUGGCAAGGGAUUCCAAUGGCUACAAUGAUUCUGCCCUUGUGAAUUUAGGGAACUGCUGCUUCAAGAGGAAAGAUUAUGAGAAGGCUCGUGAGCACUACAUAGCUGCUUUGGACAUAGAUGCAUCAUGUGUGGAAGCUCUAUACAAUCUUGGACUAACAAACAAGAAACUUGGACGUUAUGAAGAGGCACUUGACUCCUUACUGAAAAUGCAUGCCAUUGUUCGCAAUUAUCCACCAGUAGUCUACCAGAUAGCCAGUUUGUAUCAAGAGCUGAGUGACAUCGACCAGGCUUCUGAGUGGUAUUUGCAGUUGCUUGGUCUCGUUCCAACUGAUCCUCAUAUCCAUCAGCGAUUGGGCCAACUCUUUGACACAGAAGGUGACAAGCAACAAGGAUACCAAUAUUACUUUGAUUCUUACAGAUAUUUCCCAAGCAAUCUGGAAGUGAUUGAUUGGCUGGGAUCCUACUUCAUUGAGCACCAGGUUGCGGAAAAGGCAAUUAGUUACUUUGAACGAGCUGCACUGAUGCAGCCUGAUGAAGUGAAGUGGCAAUUGAUGGUGGCUGCAUGUCACAGACGGUCAGGCAACUACCAACAGGCAUUGCAGACGUACAAGCAGAUCCAUCGAAGAUUCCCAGAAAAUAUAGAGUGUCUGAAAUUGCUGAUUCGACUCAGUAGUGACCUGGGAUUAAAGGAAACAGCUGAGUACGCCCAGGAGCUGAAGAAGGCCGAAAGAGCUGCAGAGCAGCGAGAGAGCCGAGCUGCCAGUGGCUCUCGUCCUGGAUCUCGAAGAUCCUCUUCUCGGGCUUCACGUAGUGGCUCAGCUGCCUCUGGCCACGAGGAACCAGGGGCUUUACCUCCCAAGAGUCCAGGUCCAGGUGCUAGAGCAAGUUCCCGUGGUUCUCGCAGUAUCCCAGGCUCAGCCAUGAGUGGCAGAAUGACUCGCCUUUCACUGAAUGAUCUUGAUGAGAAUGAGCCAUUUGUGCCAUCUAACAAAGAAGUUGACAGCAGCUAUGUGGAUCCCUUAGGCCCGCUGCAAGAACGCCCAAAGACAAGUAUGAGAAGAAAACAAGAUGAGGAUGACUUUGCUGAUGAAGAAUUGGGUGAUGAUUUGUUGCCAGAAUAAAGGUUUUAGUUUGUGAUUUUUUCUUUUUCUUUUUCUUUUUCUUUUCCCCUUUCUCUUUCUCUUUCACAGAAUUGUUUGUAUAACUUUAGGUACAAAAAAUGGCUGCACUUUUUCUUUUUUUUCUUUCUCUCUUUCCUUCUUACUUUUUUCAAGGAGGUUUAUUAAAAAAGUCUUAGAGAUAUUCUAAUAUAAUAUGUACCUCAGUAUUCAUGGGAAACUAAUGUCACACAGUUUGUAAAAGAGAAAAAUAAUAUAUAUACAACAGAAUCUACAACUGUAACAGAUAUAUAACUUUUCCGUCCAGCACAGUGUUUAUUCACAAGUGCAUAAUAUGUGAUAUGUUUUGUGCUAUUGUAUUAUACAAUAGCUUCACUUUCUAGUCAUUAGUAGCAUAGAGUGUCUACAAGUCUGUAUUUGCAUAGCAUUAGAUUAUUAUUUAUGCACCUGUAUGUAUUUAUGAAUGAAUUUUACUAGUAUAUAUGAGUCAAUAUAUAUGAUGGUUUAAUUAUGGAUCAUCACCUAUUUUAAUAUAGUAAUAAGUUAAUUCUUUUUAAUUAAUUUUUUUCCAAAUCAGCUGUAUGUGUGUGUAGUUCUUAUUUUUUCCCACAAGGAAACCAUUUUAUAUGAUAGAAUAUUUAUUUGAAAAAAAAUAUAAGGCAUAAUUAUGUCUUAGUGCUAUUUAAGUUGUUACUGGAUAUGCAGGGUGCCUAAACUUUUUUGUGCCUCCAGUACUAUUAUCAAAGUUUUGUUUCAAUUUCUUAGUAUUUUUUUAUUGUGCAAAUUAAGUUCUUAUUGUUCGGAGUUUUCCUAGCCUGCACAACUGGAUUCUGUAUUAUGUAAUCCACAGAAAAUAUAUGUUCAGUUUACAAAAAGAAAUUUAUUACUUAUCAUGAAUAUAUCUAGAUUGAGUUGUUGAAAAUAAGUAACAAACAGUCCUUUUUGUAAGUUUCUGUAAAAGCAUAAUAUAUUGGCAUUUCUUGCUUAAUUACACCAUGCUAAUAGUGGUACACUCUGUGGUACAUAACCAAAUAUUUACGGUCAUAAAAAUACUAUAUUGCCAGUCUUGUUUUUUUAACCAUUACAGUAUGUUAUUUUUAUUUCAUAGAAAAAUAAUAUAUGAACAUUUUAGUCCACUGCACCUAAUAACUGUAUAUAGAUUUAGUAUCACUGAUAAAUAAUAAAAA